AUGCAAUCACAGCAGAAUACUCAGACUGCACACACCAAUUACCAAGAUACCAAGCCAUCAGUCAUGAACAGUCAGAUCAGAAUAACCGACUCCUCCCACAAUGCAGACAAUUAUCAACUUAAUCACUGCCAAUACAGGCAUAUCUCAGUCAUGAAAAAUCUGAGCAACCACAGACUGCUCAUCAAGACACUAAUUCAUCCAGCUCCAUUCCUUUUAUCGAACACAACCCUCCUCUUUAAUCUAGCAGUAGGUAACAUGCCCUGGUCCCUCCGUAAAAGUAAUCUCCCAUCAAAAGGCAGCACAUCAUUCUCAAAAAACUCAUGA